AGACGUCUGAUGGUCCGGGACAUUCAAUACAGUUGCUGGUACUAUGCAGUAUGUCACGCACCAAGUACAAAAUUGCAACUGAUGCGUAACUGUACUGUACCAUCAAUGGUGGGAGCAGUUCGAACUUGAAAUUUGAAAUCUGGGAUGGUUAGAAUGAGGAAAAAUGACGUAGAUUCUAGUGCUUCCUUUGACAACACCAUCAAACUUUGGGAUUGCGAGUCUCACCAACUUCUCGCUUUCUUCAACGUUCAAGAUCUUCUUCGACUUAUCCUCUCACCCGACUCACGCCAAUUAGCUUACACAACAAUCACCAAAGACGACUGCAAGCCAUCAGUAUCAUUGAAGUCAGAUACAACUCGUCGUCCUCCUACCGGCCAUCGCAGAGCACCAAUAUCUACCUUAUCUGUGUCGCAGAGACUUCCACCUAAAACAGUCCUGCAGCAGCCCACUUUCCUUUGCCUUCGCAAACUUCUUCGCUUUCCUUGCACGAAUGCAUCACAGUCAGGUCGGAAGGAUCAAUUCCACGAUCCCUUAGAUUCGUCAUCAGACAAGGGGAAGAAAAAGGCGCGUGAAUCCAAACAAGGAACAAGUUGUUGAUGUUCCUCUCGGACAAGCUACAUAUGCUGAUAUGGUCGGUGUGGACGACGGAAACUGACCAUUUGUUCACUUCUUUUACCUGAACUGAUCCCAGAAAAGAGAGAAGAAGGUGCAACCACCGCCGACCAACUCGAGGACGA